AUGUCGUUAUCUGUAGUUAAAGGCAUACUUCGUUCCAUCCUUCAAAUUGUUGGUAUCCAUAUAUCGUCGCCAUCAUCGACAUCGUCCCCGGAUUUGAUGCCAUCUUCCCCGGACUCGAUGGAUGACUCCCCGGAUUCGAUGCCAUCAUCGCCGCAUUCUGUUUUCCGCAAUGAAAUAGCUGUGUAUCACUCUGCAGCUGAAGUUUACCUCAAGGACUACCGGAGUAGGAUCCCGACAACUCGGUUGGACACUUUGAGCAGCAGCCAGCAACCCGAGCAUGACUGCCCUGUCUGCCGGUGCGAGUUCGAGCCUGACGCCGAGGUCGAUCUCUUGCCCUGCAGCCAUCUGUUUCACAAGGAAUGCUUGGAGACGUGGCUGAGGUAUUUGAGAGGUACUUGCCCUGUUUGCAGGUAUCCUCUGCUGUUCGAUGAAGUGAAUGCCUGCUACUGA